CGUCAGUCAACGGCAUCACUUUCACGCCAGCGAUAGCAAUUUAACAAGAAGACACGUCUCUCUAUCUCUCUCUCUCCACCUGCGGAUGGUUUUUGCUUCUUGUAAAUCCAAACCCAUUUCACAUCUAUCGUAAAUCAACAACCUUUAACCUAUAACCCAUAACCCAGAUCGAUAUUAUCAUCACUUUCGGCCACUGUAAACCCUAAAACCAUAUUAAUCUUUCUCAUGGCAACCAUUCCUCUUAAGGCCGUAACUCUAACCCACGUACGUUACCAGAAAGGGGAUCAGAUAGGCUAUUUCUUAGCAUGGAUUUCUCUAGUCCCAGUUUUCAUCAGUCUCGGAGGAUUCGUUUCUCAUAUAGCCUUCCGACGCGAACUACAAGUUAUGUUCUUCGCAAUUGGUCUAUUGAUCUCUCAAUUCAUCAACGAAUUCAUCAAGACAUCCGUUCAACAAGCACGCCCAGAAACCUGUAUUCUUCUCGAGACUUGUGAUUCUCAUGGCUGGCCUUCAAGUCAUUCUCAAUAUAUGUUCUUCUUCGCCAUUUAUUUCUCUCUGUUAUCUUAUUUCCGAAUUGGUGUUCUAACUAGAAAUCAACUCUGUCUUGCCCUUUUUGUCGUUUGGCCUUUGGCUAUCCUCACUUUGUAUUCUCGUGUCUAUCUGGGUUAUCAUACGGUUGCUCAAGUCUUUGCCGGUGCUGGGCUAGGGUUUUUUCUUGGAGGAGCCUGGUUCUGGGUUGUCAAUACUUUUCUAAAAUGUCAUUUUCCAGCAAUUGAGGAAAGUUUGUUUGGGAGAUGGUUCUAUGUUAAGGAUACUUCACAUAUACAAAAUGUCUUGAAGUUUGAGUACGAUAAUGCACGGUCUGCUAGAAACCAUGUUUCUUACAAGCGACGAUCUGAUUGAUUGAUUGAUGAAUAAGAAUUACAUGAAUUGUUGGGUUACAUUUGAUAUUGGAAGUAUAAUAUGGAUCAGCAAGAAUGAAUGAUUAGAACUAGUUUCCCUUCUUGUAGUGAUGAUAGUUGGAAGGAAGACAGGAACUGAACCAGUAUUGCAUCUAUUACUUUUAUUGGUUUUCCCCUCUUUGUCGUCAUGUCAUUUUGCGAAGAAACAUGGGUAGAAUUUGGAUUUCGCAAAUAUGCGACUUGCUUGUUAUUUUACUUUAUGUUUUCAAAUAUUGAUUAUGUUAUUUGGUAAGUUAUUUGGCAAUAGUGUU